GCUGCGGGGUGGCUGGGCCGCCCGGCGCGGGGACGUAGGGCUGGAGCCAAGGCCCCGCAGCGGCCUCGCGGCCCGGGGCGGCGCGGCUGUGCUGCAGGCCCCCAGCAUGGAAGCAGGCCGAGUAGAGAGCCUGUCGGUGGUGUACCAGAGCCAGGACUUCCUGGUGGUGAACAAGCACUGGGACCUACGCAUCGACAGCAGGAUGUGGCGUGAGACCCCCACCCUCCAGAAGCAGCUACGUCUCCGCUUCCCCGAGUUAGCGGACCCGGAUACCUACUAUGGGUUCAGGUUCUGCCACCAGUUGGAUUUCUCCACCAGCGGGGCCCUUUGUGUGGCCUUGAACAAGGCUGCAGCGGGCAGCGCUUACAAGUGUUUCAAGGAGCGGCGUGUUACCAAGGCUUACCUGGCUCUGGUGCGGGGACAUGUCCAGGAGAGCCGGAUGACCAUCAACUAUGCCAUCGGCAGGAACAGCACAGAGGGUCGGGCUCACACCAUGUGCAUCGAGGGCACACAGGGCUGCGAGAACCCAAAACCCAGCGUCACGGAGCUGGUGGUCUUAGAGCACGGGCUGUACGCGGGUGACCCCGUCUCCAAAGUGCUGCUGCAGCCCCUCACGGGCCGGACGCACCAGCUGCGCGUGCACUGCAGUGCCCUGAGCCACCCUGUCGUGGGGGACCUGACCUACGGGCAGGCGUCGGGCCGGGAAGACCAGCCCUUCCGCAUGAUGCUGCACGCGUUUUACCUGCGCAUCCCCACCCGCGGCGAGUGCGUGGAGGCCUGCACGCCAGAUCCCUUCGUGCCCACACUCGAUGCCUGCUGGAGCCCCCACACCCUGGUGCACUCACUGGACGAGUUCGUCCAGGUCCUGAGGGCUGCCCCCGACCCCGAGCCUGCAGAAGGGAGCCCGGGGCCAUGCAGCGCCCCCCCGCCCCCCGCCAAGCCCCCCGAGACAGAGGCACAGCGGGCCUCGUGCCUACAAUGGCUGUCGGAGUGGACGCUGGAGCCCGACAACUGAGGGCACUGCCGCGGGUGUGAGCGCCGGCCGGGACCACUGGGGUGGGGGCUGCAGGGGAGAGCCCCCAGUGGGGGUGUCCCUGUGUGCUGCCCCCCUGCAGACGGGGACCAAGGCCUUGGCUACAGCAGCUAGACCUGGGGAGGGGCCGGCAAGGCCAGCAGGGGGAGCCAGGCCGCCACGAUUCUGGAGGACCAGGCCUUCCUCCAAACCCCCUCUCCCCCAGGCGAGACCAAGUCCUGCCCUCCUGGCUCCAAAGCUUCAUCCCUCGCGGCUUGUUUUAGCGGGUUUGCCCAGGGUCACCCUGCAAGAGGCAGAGCCACGAGCUGAGCCAGCCUCGAGUUGGGUCCCUCCGGGGCCCCCCAGCCUGGGCCCAGAGCACCCUGCUCAUCACUCUUCUCAGGCCUCCUGUGCUGGUGAGCCUUGCCUGGCUGGGACUCCCCUGCAGACCCUGACCCGUCCUGCCCAUACGGUGCCGCCUCGUGCCGUUGCUUCUACCAGACUUGCCCGGGGACCCCCUCUCGCCCUGAGUGGCAUGUGGGGGAGGGUCUGAGCCGCUCCUCUCAGCCCUCUCGCCACGCCGAGGCGGCCGGCGGCCCUGGAUUUGGGCUUGGGAGCGAGGACGGCCAGCCCCUCCCCGUCCCCGGCAACGCAGCCCCAUCAGCCUGUUGCAGCUGAGCAUCGGGACUCAAUAAACACUCAGUGACUGACCCCA